UUCCGGCGAAGAGCGGAAGAGGCGGGCAGGUGGAGGCGGGGUUAAGAUGGCGGCGCCUUUGAGGAUUCAGAGCGACUGGGCCCAAGCCCUCAGGAAGGAUGAAGGGGAAGCCUGGCUGAGUUGUCACCCCCCAGGGAAACCAACUUUGUAUGGUAGCCUGACUUGUCAAGGAAUUGGCCUCGAUGGCAUCCCAGAAGUUACAGCUUCAGAAGGAUUUAUUGUGAAUGAAAUAAAUAAGAAAAGCAUUCAUAUUUCUUGUCCGGAGGAAAAUGCAUCCUCGAAGUUUUUGGCACCAUACACUACUUUUUCCAGAAUUCAUUCCAAGAGUAUAACGUGCCUGGACAUUUCCAGUGGAGGCGGCCUUGGUGUGUCUUCUAGUGCUGAUGGGAGCAUGAAGAUCUGGCAGGCUUCCAAUGGCGAGCUCAGAAGAGUAUUGGAAGGACAUGUGUUUGAUGUGAAUUGUUGCAGGUUUUUCCCAUCAGGCCUUGUGGUUCUGAGUGGGGGAAUGGAUGCCCAGUUGAAGAUCUGGUCAGCUGAAGAUGCUAGCUGUGUGGUGACCUUCAAAGGUCACAAAGGAGGUAUUCUGGAUACAGCCAUUGUUGAUCGGGGCAGGAAUGUGGUGUCUGGUUCUCGAGACGGAACAGCACGACUUUGGGAUUGUGGGCGCUCAGCCUGUCUGGGAGUCAUCGCAGACUGUGGUUCUUCCAUCAAUGGAGUGGCUGUGGGUGCUGCUGACAACUCCAUAAAUCUUGGCUCCCCUGAGCAGAUGCCCAGUGAACGGGAGGUUGGAACAGAGUCGAAAAUGCUGCUGUUGGCACGGGAAGAUAAGAAACUUCAGUGCUUGGGACUGCAGAGCAGGCAGCCGGUGUUCCUCUUUGUUGGCUCAGAUGCCUUCAACUGCUGCACUUUUCUCUCUGGCUUCUUGUUAUUGGCUGGGACACAAGAUGGAAACAUUUAUCAGCUGGACGUGAGGAGUCCGAGGGUUCCAGUACAAGUCAUCCACAGGUCAGGAGCACCGGUUCUGUCCCUGCUAAGUUUCAGAGAUGGAUUCAUUGCUAGUCAAGGUGAUGGAAGCUGUUUCAUUGUCCAACAAGACCUAGACUAUCUCAUUGAGCUCACUGGGGCUGACUGUGACCCUGUGUACAAGCACUUCCAUAUUUUCUGAUACUACAAGAUAUUCAAGCUUCAUCUUAUACUUCCCCACCCCAGUCCUGGAAUCAGUCAUUUGUCUAGAUGGCUUCAGUUCUUUUUAGUGGAGAAUGGAUUUGGAAAUCAAGUCUGGGCACUAUAUGGAUAUUCUUUGUUUUGGGGGUAUUGCUUCUAGUCCCUACCAGUGGACAGUACAUAUAUAUGUCUAUAUUUCUACAUCCAGCAUUCUAGAUAUACACUAAAGUUCAUGAGUUCACAUUGAUGUCUCCCAAUUCCAGUCCAACUCCACUGGGAUUAUUCUAGUCUGCAUACGUACCUCCUUCCUCCAAAAGUGAGAAACUUGGCUCUCAUAAUCCUCAAUAUGUCACUUAUUUGCUCAAUACUUCUGUGAGUAACCAAUCUGACAACUACACAAACCACCUCCCCUUUCACUCCAGCCCCUGCACACUUGGUGCCCCUUACAUGGAGUCCCCUGCAUUCACCUCAGCCAGUCCCAGGCUGAGCAAGGUUCUCACCCAACCCUCUGGGUUUAAUUUUUAAUAACAUCUUUUUUUCUGGUAAUAAGAGUAAAAUAUGGCCAAUCACAUGAAAAGAUGCUCAACUUCAGUGGUUAAAUAAAUGGAAAUUAAAAUCCACAAGAAAGCUCAGAAAUGCAAAAAAUAAAAAAUAAUGCCAUAUUUUUACUUUACAAAGAAGCAACUGUGGCUAAGAAAUCAGUUUAAAGGGGCGCCUGGGUGGCUCAGCUGGUUAAGUGUCCGACUUCAGUUCAGGUCAUGAUCUCAUGGUUCAUGAGUUUGAGCCCCGCAUCAGGCUCUGUGCUGACAGCUCAGAACCUGGAGCCUGCUUCCCAUUCUGUGUCUCCCUCUCUCCCUGCCCCUCCCCUGCUCAUACUUUGUUUCUCUCUCUCUCUCAAAAAUAAAUAAAACAUGUUAAAAAAAAAAAAAAAAAGGAAUAUUCUUUAUUGAAGGAAUGUUGCCCCUGUGUGCCCCUCUCUGUUUAGUAUUCUCUUGCUUUUAUUUAUUAUUUUACUUACUCACUACUAUGCAUGUACUUGUUAAUAUUUAACUAGCUCACCAGAAGGAAAAAAAUGGCCCUGAUAGCAUUUGCCAGUUUGUUCCAAGCUGUUACAACCAGCUCCAGCAGAGCAAUCACUACAUGUAUUCCUAACAACAUAUUUAUCUUUUCAUGUUUUUGAACAUUAUAUAAGUGGCAUCUUUUAUGCAAAUGGUAUGUAUUUGUGUGUGUGACUUAUUUGCACAAAGGCUGUAUAGUAUUCACUGUUAAUGCUGAACAUUUGGGUAUGCGCAUCAACUUUGCAAGUUUUCUGAUGUGGUUAUUCUAAUUUACACUGACAAAAUAGCAGUGUCUGAGAGUUCCUUUUUCUUUUACAUACUCACCAAUUCUUGAUGUCAAGUUUUUAUUUUAUUUCAAUUUUCUUUUAAAUUUCUUCUUUUUUUAAUUUUUUUAAUGUUUAUUUAAACAUUAAAACUCGUGAACCGUGAACCUUGA